CUCUGUUCCGCUGUCAUCUCGAAAGUGCAACAUGGCCGGGCUGCACUCGUUCCUGUGCCCGAUCUCGUGCGAGAUCAUGCGCGACCCCGUGAUUGCGCGCGACGGCCACUCGUACGAGCGGGCGCAGAUCACGCGCUGGUUCCAGUCGCACCGGCGGAGUCCCGUGACCAACGAAGAGCUGCCGUCGACGGAGCUCAUGCCCAAUUACUCGCUCAAGCAAGCGAUCCUCGAGCACCAAGCGGCCACCACCGCGACACGCUCGACGACUCUUGUGACACUGCGGCCGUCGGCGCCGCCGCUUGAUGCACCGCGUCGUCGGUCGCCAACGAGCCAGCAGCCGACCCGCAUCACCUUUGUGUGCCGCUUCCGAGUACCAAUCGACAUUAUCUGGGUCGACGAAGACGGUGAUGACGUGCCCUACAGCCGCGUAGCACCUGACAUGCUCUACACGCAAGACACGUACGUCGGACAUGUGUGGAAGAUCAUGCAUGCGGGCGGGCUCCUCGAAUACUACGAGGCACCAUCGACGCCAAGCGUCGUCGAGGUCCUUGAUGUCCAGUCGCUGCGCGUGUCUUCCGAUACAGCGACGCCAACGCCGAUAAUCCUGCACUUCCUCAAUGCGACCGGAGCUGCUGUUGCUCUCGUGUGGGAGAAAUCCAACGCCACGGAGGUUCCGUACAUGGUCUUGGCGCCGGGCCAGUCGUAUGAGCAAGUCUCGUACGCCCAGCACAUGUGGAAGGCGCUAGAUGCACGGUCGAAUGCACUCGUCAUGCGGCUUUGCAGCACUGCGCAGAGCGAGCACGUGACGAUCCGUGGCAACCGUAGCAUUGUCCGCCGCCCCAUCUAACACGCGAACACGGUCUUUAUGGGUUCUCAAGGAGUCUCGCCACUGGGAAUCGGCUGAAUAAGCUACCGGUACCAGGUUGUCGUUUUGACCAAAUUGUCUUAUAAAAACAACUCUUUUAUAAUAAAAAUUACACUAUUGUCCCUCGUCGA